AUGAAAUAUUUCACCAGACGGAGAUCCAAACGGUUUUACCAGUGGCGAGGAAAUCCUCUGAGUUUCAACAGGAAGCUAAAAACUCAUGAAUAUGGCUCCUUGUCCAUCAAGGUGGAGGGCCUGCCGAGGACCACCAUCAUUCAAGUGGGUCAGCACAUCCUCAUCGAGGGCGACAGUGACGACAACCCGUACGUGGCCAAAGUCGUCCGGCUGUUUGGAGACGAGAGUGGGCAGCAGAAGAAGGCCGUGGUUCAGUGGUUCGUUCGGGUUUUUGAAGUUCCUCUGAGCAAACUUAAGCUGCUGGGCAGAAACCCCCACCCCCAGGAGAUCUUCUUCUAUCAGGGAGGCAACUGUGACGACGAGGUUGACGUGGAGUCGAUCCUCAGACCCGUACAGGUGAAACAUCUGGAUGACGCUGCUCCGUUUCCUGUCUCUGACGAUAACGAGACUCUCUUUGUGAAACUGUCCUGGGACUCAAAGACCUUUAAGGUCAUGGACUCUGCUCUGGUAGCGUCUCCUGCUCGCCAUCUUAACCCCUCCCUCCCCCCGUCCUCCCCCCGCUCCCCACCGACAGCCACUCUGGCCGCCGGGGGUUCGAGUCGACGUGCCCUGCCCACGCCGGAUCCCGCCGUGCUGCGCAGAGCCGCGCUGGGGGGGGCGAGACGCAGCAGAGCCACAGCGAGCGCCAGUAAAACCCCCGCCGCCUUGGAGGCCGAGUCGCUUCACUCCGAAACCAAAAUGUCUGCAUCAAAGUGUCUCAGCGCCAAGAGGAGGGACGCCGCGGCGAGGACGCCGGGUGUCCGCAAGAAGCUGCAGCUCUGCGGUCCAGAGAAGACGCUCACGGUCAGGGAGGACGUCCUGGACGAGGAGCUGGAGGAGCAGGGGGCGCUGGCUGAAAGACUGCCGUCCUCCCCCACUCAGUCCCCCCCCAUCACGCACAGACUCACCCCCCUCAGGAGAGCCAGCAGAAGACUUGUCGCUCAGGACGCCAACAUCCUGAAACCCUCUGCCGUCCUCGUCCACAAAGUGUCCCAGACCAGCGAGGACUCGAGCAGAGCUGCGACUCCUUCUCACACCAAAGAAGCAAAACGUGUAAAAGAACCGGCUCUGGGUGUUCUAACCUGCGGCCCGGCCCGCUCGGUCCUCUGUAACGUCGUCUGUCUUCUCAGAGCCGAGGAGGAAAAGGCAAACUUCACGCCGACGAGCGGCGCCGCACCGAGGAGCUCUAAGAGGAAGUCCGCUCUGAAGGUGUCGUCUUUCAUCAGGAAGCAGCUGUGAGUGCCGAACGACCUCCGGGACCUGAGCUCUGAUGAAGGCGAUGAAGACGAGUUUGUUCCGUUGAAGAAGGAGCUGCAGAGCAGCAGCGAGGAAGAUGAAGGUGGUGAGGAGGAGGAGGAGUUGGUGGUGAUGAAGAAGAGCCGUCUGUCCCCGGCGGGGUCUCGCACUCCUCGCUCCAAGCAGAAAACUCGCUCCUCGACCCGAACGCUGAGGAAGACCGGGCCGGGGACGCCACGGACGCCCCGGAACGCCACGCCCAGCAUCCCCAGCAGGUCUCUGCCAACCCGACGGCCCGCCAACGUCCUAGAGGAGGCCAGAACCAGGCUCCACGUGUCCUCGGUGCCCGAGUCUCUGCCCUGCAGGGAGCAGGAGUUCCAGGACAUCUACAGCUUUGUGGAGAGCAAGAUCACCGACGGCACGGGGGGGUGCAUGUACAUCUCAGGUGUGCCGGGAACAGGUAAGACGGCCACGGUCCACGAGGUGAUGCGCUGUCUGCAGCACGCGGCCGACACGGACGAGAUCCCGCCGUUCCACUUUGUGGAGAUCAACGGGAUGAAGAUGACGGAUCCUCAUCAGGCGUACGUUCAGAUCCUGCAGAAACUGACGGGUCAGAAAGCGACGGCCGAUCACGCCGCGGCGCUGCUGGAGAAACGGUUCAGCAACCCGGCGCCGAGGAAGGAAACAACCGUGCUGCUGGUGGACGAGCUGGACCUGCUGUGGACGAGGAAGCAGAACGUGAUGUACAACCUGUUCGACUGGCCAACGCGCCGCCACGCCCGCCUGGUGGUUCUGGCCAUCGCCAACACCAUGGACCUGCCCGAGAGGAUCAUGAUCAACAGGGUGGCCAGCAGGCUGGGUCUGACCCGGAUGUCCUUCCAGCCGUACACCUUCAAGCAGCUGCAGCAGAUCAUCACGUCCCGGCUGAACAAAGUGAAGGCCUUCGAAGAAGACGCUCUGCAGCUGGUGUCCAGGAAGGUGGCCGCUCUGUCGGGCGAUGCACGGCGGUGUUUGGACAUCUGUCGGCGAGCGACGGAGAUCUGCGAGCUGUCUUCUGCAGGGCUGGUGGGGAUGAGUCACAUGAUGGAGGCGCUGGAUGAGAUGUUCUCCUCGGCCUACAUCACCGCCAUCAAGUGUGCUUCGACGCAGGAGCAGCUGUUCCUGCGAGCCGUCAUCGCUGAGUUUAGACGGCUGGGGUUGGAGGAGGCCACCUUCCAGCAGGUGUUCGUGCAGCACCAGGCUCUGUGUCGGGUGGAGGGUCUGCAGCCGGUCGGCGUGUCGGAGGGCUUGGCCGUGUGUCAGCGUCUGGGAGGCUGCAGGCUGCUGCUGCUGGAGUCCAGCCGCCUGGGAGUCCUGCAGAGAGUCCGGCUCAACGUCAGCCAGGACGACGUCCUCUACGCCCUGAAGGCCGACUGAAGCGGAGCAGUCGGGUCCUGACAGGGAGGAGCACUUGAACUACCGAGGCAGAAUGUUUU